CUCUCUCUCUUCCUCUCUCUCUCUCUCUGUGGGAGGUUCUUGGUUCUUCCUCUAAAGUUGAGAGGCACCGGGACUCCUCACUCUGCAGCCGUCUCUGGACCGAACCGAACCCUGCCGUCUGAUCUCCGGAUCCGGCCCGCCAUGAGCCUGAGCAGCAGUGACCUGUCUGAGCUGGUGGACCAGUGGGAGGAGCUGAACUUGACCUCCAACCUGUCUCGGGUGGAGGCCAUGGUGUGUUCGGGUGCCAUCAGCCACGCCACGCUCCUCCUCUGCCUCUCCGUCCUCUACAUCUUCAUCUUUUUGGGGGGCGUGGCCUCCAACAUCCUGGUGUUCUGGGUGAACCUGCGGCCCGACCGGGCCCGGUGCGGGUCCCGGCUGUACGUGGUGAACCUGGCGGUGGCCGACCUGGGCGUGGUUCUGACCCUGCCCGUCUGGGUCACGUCUCUGCUGCAGGGCGGACUGUGGCCGUUCGGAGAGGUCGUCUGUAAGGUCACCCAUCUGGUGUUCAGCCUCAACCUGUUCAGCAGCAUCUUCUUCCUCGCCUGUAUGAGCGUCGACAGCUACCUGUCCGCCACGCUGCUCUCUGGCGCCCUCAGCUGGAGGAGGAAGACGCUGCGGCGGCUGAUCUGCGCGUCGCUCUGGCUGCUGGCGUUGGCGGCGUCCGUUCCCGAUACCUACUUCCUGCGGGCUGCCCGGUCCCCCCACCGCGACGGCGCCGUGUGUCGAUCCGUGUACCCGCUGGAGAACCGCCGGGACUGGAUGGUGGGCGUCCAGCUCAGCUUCUUGGUGCUCGGCUUCGCCGUCCCCUUCCCCAUCAUCGCCGUCUCCUACCUGCUCCUGGUCGCCGCCGUCCCUCCCAGCUCGGACCCGGAGCGCCGGGUCAGCCGGCGGAUCGUCCUCUCCUACAUCCUGGUGUUUCUGGUGUGUUGGCUGCCGUUCCACGCCGUCCUGUUGCUGGACACUCUGACGCUGAUGAACGUCCUGCCCUUCACCUGCCGGAUGGAGAGCUUCCUGGAUGUGGCGCUGCACCUGACGCAGUGCUUCUCGUUGGUGCACUGCUGCGUCAACCCCGUCCUCUACAACCUCUGGCACAGAAGCUACAGGGACGACCUGAUGAAGGCCUUCAGCUUCAGGUUCUCCUCCAGGACUGGACGGGUCAGACUCAUGGACUCCUCGCAGGCCUCACAGACAGAGAACUCUGCUGUCCUGAUGGACCCCCGAGGUCCAACCUGAGGCGAACCCAACGGCUUCUUUAGAACCUGGAGCAGGUUUAGAUGUCAGAUGAUGAAUCAUGUGGGUCAAAGGUCAAUGGUCUUUCAUCAGUCACCAUGAACAUCUGUAGACCUGCAGACACAUGCUGGCAGGAAACUGACGGUCUAAACUCGAGAGAAACGGUGCUUCCUUCAUCAGACGUUUCAGUGAAAGACCGAACGGAUCCACAGAGACUGUCCAGAACUUCUUCUGUCCGGGUUGCAGAUCCGUUUGGUGCUUUGAAGCUCUUGAUGUUCAGGGUUGAUCAGUGUGAGUCCAUAAUAAAGCAGAUGGAUCUGCAGACGGAACCGUCAACAACUUUUGCUUUAUAUCGUUAUCAUUUAAGUAUUUUUUUAAAUAGCUGAUCAGCUUGAAUCUAAAUAUUUCA